AUGGCACCACUCGGACUAAAAGCCAUUGUGGGAGAAAAGAUUAUGAAUGAUGUCAUCAAGAAGGUGCACAAGAAGGGCGAAUGGAAGGUUCUGGUAGUAGACAAGCUAAGCAUGAGGAUGAUGUCAUCCUGCUGUAAGAUGACAGAUAUCAUGUCAGAUGGCAUCACCAUUGUUGAAGACAUUGGCAAGAAGCGAGAGCCUCUCCCCAGUAUGGAGGCCAUCUACCUAAUAACUCCCAAUGAUGAGACUGUGGAGGCACUCAUAGAUGACUUCAGAGACCCGCGGUCGCCCAGAUACAGAGGAGCUCACGUAUUCUUCACUGACACAAUCCCAGAUACAUUGUUCAACCUGUUGACAAAAUCCCGUGCGUCCAAAGCCAUGAAGACCUUGACUGAGAUCCACAUCGCCUUUCUGCCCUAUGAGUCACAGGUGUUUUCCCUGGACAAGACCGAUGCCUUCCAGGACUUCUACAGCCCCUACAAGGCUGACAUCAAGCACAACAUGUUGGCGCGUUGUGCUGAGCAGAUCGCCACUCUCUGCAAUACCCUGAAGGAAUACCCUGGCAUCAGAUACAGAGGGGAGUACAAAGACUGUGCCACUCUGGCUCAGCUCCUGCAGGACAAGCUAGACGGCUACAAGGCAGACGACCCCACCAUGGGAGAGGGUCCGGACAAAUCUCGCUCUCAACUCCUGAUUCUGGACCGAGGCUUUGACCCAGUCUCUCCCAUCCUCCAUGAACUCACCCUCCAAGCCAUGGGCUAUGACCUGCUGGGCAUCGAGAACGACGUCUACAAGUAUGACACCAGUGGGAUGGGGGAGGUCAAGGAGAAGGCAGUGUUGCUGGAUGAGGAUGAUGACCUGUGGAUGAGUCUCAGACACAAGCAUAUUGCCGAAGUCACCACGGCUGUGACCCGCUCCCUCAAAGAAUUCUCAGCCACCAAAAAGAUGAACACAGGAGAGAAGACCACAAUGAAAGACUUGUCUCAGAUGCUGAAGAAGAUGCCGCAGUAUCAGAAAGAGCUAAGCAAGUACUCUACCCACCUCCACCUGGCUGAAGACUGUAUGAACCGAUAUCAGGGCACGGUGGACAAGCUGUGUCGUGUUGAGCAGGAUCUAGCGAUGGGUACAGAUGCAGAGGGGGAGAAGAUCAAGGACCCAAUGAGGGCCAUCGUACCUGUCCUGCUGGAUAAAGAUGUCACUGUCUUCGACAAGAUCCGCAUAAUCCUGUUGUACAUCUUCAUGAAGAACGGUGUUUCGGAGGAGAACCUCUGUAAGCUCCUCCAGCAUGCUAACAUCCCUCCUGAGGACAGUGACAUCAUCGCCAACAUGGCCCAUAUGGGCAUGCCCAUCAUCUUAGAGGGGAACCCGACCCGCAAAGUGAAAAAGACUGACCGGAAGGAGCGAGUGAGUGAGCAGACCUACCAGCUCUCCCGAUGGACCCCUCUCAUCAAGGACAUCAUGGAGGAUGCCAUUGAGGACAAACUGGAUCCAAAGCAGUACCCCUACAUCUCCCAACGCACUGCAUCCACCCACAGCAGCGCUCCAUCAAGUGCCCGGUACGGUAACUGGCAUAAGAACAAGGGCCCCACAGAGAUGAAGACAGGUCCCCGAGUCAUCAUCUUCAUCAUCGGAGGCAUGACCUUCAGCGAGAUGCGCUGCGUCUACGAGGUCACACAAGCCAAUGGAAAAUGGGAAGCAAUCAUUGGAUCAACCAAUAUCUUCACCCCUACACGCCUUCUUCAAGCCCUCAAAGACAUGGAUAAGCAACAAGAUGUUUGAGCUGAACAGCUCACUGGCUGCAGUUGUCCCUCCUAACCUCCAAACUCUCCCAACUGGCAUACAUGAAUAGGCAGGACCCAAGACAUAACAAGCCCUUCUACUCUACACAUAAGACUGAAGAAAACAAAUGGCAGCAUCUAUUUCUAGCAUAUCCAAGUCAUGUAAUUCAGAUAUCAUGUUUCAAUAGAAUUACAUAAGAUCCCUCAAAACCAGAGCACCAAGAACCACAAUGUUUUAACUACUGUACAUACACCCUUAAUGAUUGGAUGGAAGAGUAGAGAUUGUGUACGCUGGAUAACUGUUGAUACUAUGAGCAGUAGAUGUAAACUGCCAUCUCAGGAUGCUGUAUUUGCACUUCCUUUAAAGGGAAGCCAGUCAUAGAGGAGAUUAGAGUAGUGUAGUUGGAAAUUGAGGAAUUAUUUAGGCUGGUGUUUGGUGUAGAGUGCUCAUCAUAUUACAGAUAGGAGUAUAAAGGCACCAAAUGUGAGGAUAGUGGGAUGGGAUCUAUGAAUAACAUUCCCCCCUCAAAAAUAUUUGUUUUGUCUGUUUUUAGUGUCAUUAUAAUGUCAUUUUAGUGUCAUCUUUUGUCUCAAUGCUUGUAAACAUUUCCGGAACACUGAGCUAAAAGACUGAUUUACUUUCCGUAUUUUGAAAAGCAAUUUUAGAAUUUGGAAACUUCACCACCAUUUUAAAAUAAGAAACAUCUUCAUGCAAUCAGUAGUUAGUAGACUAUAUGCCGUGCUGUAUCAAUGUUUUGACGGUGAUUAACCUGACUUUGGACAUGCCAAUGUGAAGCUACUCUGUACUCGUGGUCAUUUUAGCUGUAGUAAACAGUAUAGUAGGUGGACAGUGGAAGCCAUUGGAAGGUUCUUCCUCUAUUAGGUUAGUAGUCUGUCUCUGUUCAUUAACAUUAUGUCACUACGUUGACUUGAUUUGUUAUUUCCUCUCCCUGUAGAAGUUAUGGUCAUUUUCGUUCCACUUUCCAGUGUUGACACUGUCAUGAUGCAAAAAAAAUGUGUUGUCAUUGCAGCUGUUGUUGUUGUAUAGUGAUUUGUUAGCUUUCUAUUAGAAUGAUCUAUUAUUUAUUAAGAGAUAUUAGUUCCUGUAAUACCAGUAUAACCUAUCAGAAUUUGAUGCUUAGAAGUGAUUUAUCACAAACCGUACUCUUUCUGCAAAUAUCAUGUACAAAACCUCCAAUAAAGGC